GUUUCUCUAGGUGUUCGGAGAGACUGCAAAUUCGGUGAUCUUGCCUGGAAGAUCGAACAGAGAUGAAAUUUGCGGUGGUAGGAGCGGUGGCUGCGGCUCUGGUGGGGGUCGUGCAGACUAAGGGUUUCACCGACAACGACGACUUCCGCGUCAAAUUCAACACCAACCUCUCCGCCGUCACCGACUUCGGCUUCGACCUCUACAGACGACUCGACUCUCCUGGCUCCCCCAAGAACUUCUUCUUCUCGCCCUUCAGCAUCUGGUCGGCGUUCAUCAUCGCUUACCUCGGCUCAGCGGGAGAGACAGAGGCGCAGCUGAAGCGAGCUCUGAGGGUCGGGAGCAAGGUCGAGGCGUUCAAGAUCUGGCGAGCGCUGGAUGCUCUGUAAGUGCGAGGGCGAAUGGGCGAACGGGAGGACGAGAACCUGCUCUCUUUCCGCCUAAUGGG